AUGGAUACGUCAAAGCCCAUCAACCCCAGUGACCUGUUCUCAGCCAAGGGUUUGACGGUCGUCAUUACAGGAGGUGGUAGCGGUAUCGGCCUCGCCUUUGCUACCAGUCUCGCAGGAUCUGGAGCCGAGAAGGUGUACUUGCUAGGACGCAGAGUCAAGAACCUUGAAGACGCUGCCAAAUCGAUCAACCCUGAUAUUAUUGUACCAAUCCAAUGCGACGUUACCGACCAAUCGUCCAUCGAUGCCGCCGUCAAGCAAAUCGAAAAGCAGUCAUCUCAUAUCGACGUCUUGAUAAACAACGCUGGUGUUCUGGGCCCCGACCACAAGGGCAUCAGUGAUACUCAGAGCAUUCAGGAGCUACAAGAGAUCAUGAAAAGAGAUUGGUCAGGCUGGGACACUUCGUUCCAAACAAACACUUCGGCCAUUGUCAGUGUCAGCGCUGCUUUCCUGCAUCUGCUCGACGCGGGCAACAAGAAGAGAGGCUGGGCUACAGGAAGAAGAGAGGUCCAAGAGAGAGUUGAAGGCAGCGAUUCCAGUGACCCAAGAUCAAGUCAGAUCAUCACUGUCGCCAGCAUUGCCUCCUUCAACCGCUUCGUGACUGCCGGUCUGGCAUACUCGGCGACCAAAGCCGGUGCUGCCAUGCUAGGAAAGGCGUUGGCUACUUUGCUCGCACCCUUCAACAUCAGAAGCAACAUUAUUGCUCCAGGACGGUUCCCCUCCGACAUGACUGCCGGCGAUACCGGUUCAUUCCCAGUCACUCAGAUCCCUGCAAGUAGGUCUGGAUCAUACGAGGACAUGGCAAGUAUGAUAUUGUUCCUCGUUGGCAAGUCCGGAGCCUAUCACAAUGGCAAUGUACAAGUGAUUGACGGAGGACGCCUCAGCAUGAUGCCUUCAACGUACUGA